AUGGCAAACUCUUCCGCUGGCAUUCCUUUCCAAACCCGAGAUAUGCGAGAGGGUACCCAUUAUAUCAAAAUCGGCAAAGCGUUGUUCCCCUGUUCAACAGCCCCAAAUCCAUCAAGUCUUCCUCCGGAUCAGGAAGUAAUCACCGUCCUUAGCAAACAGAUGGGCCGGACAGUCCUUGAGCAUGAUUUUUCGUACGUGUCCAAGUCCGGGCACGGCGUGCGGCAAGCUGAGCCUGAAGCGAUGAGGAUGGUAUACAAGUACACUUCGGUUCCUGUGCCUGAGGUCCUUUUCACGCAAUUCGGCCCUGAUUAUGGGAGAAUCGGGAUGGCCCUUGUUCGAGGGGUUUCCCUGGAAAAGAGGUGGAACACACUGAACGAACAGAGCAAAAGGUCCGUUUGCCUUCAAGUCUGGAAUAUGAUCUCUCAGAUACGAGCUAUCCCUCGUCCUCCAGAACUUGAUGGUCUAUUUCAGUGCGCCGCCGACGGCUCCCUUACAAAGGAUCCAUUGCUUGAAGACCUGGGGGACCCCGCUCGACCCCUGACAAGUGAUACAGAUCUGCGCACCCGCAUCUUCGGACGCUAUUUACAUUUCGGAGGCCGUCGAUACGAACAUCAGUUACCUGAUAUGUUGCCACGAUCCGACUGCUCAGUUUUCACGCAUGGUGAUAUAGCGCCUCGCAAUAUUAUGAUCGACGAGCGAAACAACAUAACGGGAAUACUGGACUGGGAAUACGCAGGAUGGUAUCCAGAUUAUUGGGAAUAUGCACAGAUUUUGAGACCUGCUUUUUGGAGCGACUGGUCAGCGUGGAUGGAUCUGACUGCGCCGCAGAAGUGGGACCUUAGUGGUAUUAAUGCCGCUAGGAAGGUUUUGUUCUAA